AGCUAACAAAGACUGUUGAACGUACCGAGGUCGUCACUACUCCCGGUCGUUACUGCGAAGACAUUGUGGCAUUGUGUCUGUAUGCACGAGCAUCUUCGUCUGGAAUUCUAACCGAAAUGAAACGACAUACAUCGAUAGAGCUUUUCUCUGUAAACAGACUGUAAGUAAUGGCGGACGGACUCCAGCCUCUACUUGAGAAAGAAGAUGCAGACUGGAGAAGAAUUUAUGACGUCAUCGCCAAGAGAACAGUAAGAUGGAAGUUCAACAUCGACAUCGCCAAAAGACUGCUCGAUAAAUGGAAAGAUACUUAUGAGACGUUCAAAGAAGAUGCCAAAAAGAAUGGUAACCAAGUUAAGCACAUCGAAGGCAGCAUCGGUCUCUUCACGACGCAACUGGCACCUCUUCCCUCGGUUAAAAAGAAGAUCAACAGAAAAAUGCUGGACAUUGUAGUCAUGUUUCUAAAGAACCCAAAAUGGCAGUUAACCAACUCAGUUCGACUACUGGCUUCCAGUAUUAUUUGGCAGGGCUUAGAGAACAGAUUGAUGGAGUUGUUAUCUGCUUAUGACAAAUGGAUGAAAGAAAACGACGAGUUCUUCCGAAAUCCACCGACCACGGACAUCAUAGAUGAAAUACUUGAAGGGACUUGUAGAGAAAUAAAUUCGUGUAAAACGUGGUCCAAAUAUUCCAACAUUCUAUCCAGAAUUUUAUCCUACGCCGCUUCUCAACCACUGGAAAGAGAGAACGGUUAUCAAGAGAACGGAUACGGUGCUACUGUCUCUGUUAUUCUUCAAAACUACCUCAAUACGAGUGACAGUCAACUCGAUUCCGACGUGUGUGCUAAAUUUGUACCGCAUAUGUUGAAACUUCUUAACAGCGCAUCCUCUGAUAUAUUCAAGUUGGAUAUAUUGGCGGCAAUAUUGAAAAUAGCCAAUCGGCAGCCGGAAGUGAUAGCGCCACACCUGUCAGCAAUGAUUGACUGGUACCUGGGGAAUGAGGACGCGGAGCUUCCGGCGUUUAUCCAGAUUAUCCAGUCAACGUAUCCAUGUAAUGAAGAAGCCGUUCUCGAGAAACUCGAUCCAUUGGUUGAACGCGCCAAAGAAGCAGAUGAUAACUAUAUUUCUUACUUAUUGGUGUUAUUGGAGGAUGUAGCCCGACAUCACCCGGAUAGAGUAAAGAGAUAUAAUGCAUUGAUUUUGGAGAGCCUGGAAACCAGCGACGCCAUGACAGUUAAUAGUCUUAAAGUAUUAGUGGUACUUUCAUCAAAUUCACCCGUGGAAUACGUUCAUCUGUUAGACACAUUGAUUCAGUUGACUGAGAAGAGCAACGGCCAGAUCUGCCACGAGUCUAAUCGCGUUCUUGCGAAUAUAACAAUUAAUAACGAAACCGCCAACAGAGUACUAUGGAACCUUUUCAGAACAUUGGAAACUGCCCAGAACGAGUUCUACCUACCAACCUUGGUACUUGUCAAACGCGUAGGCGAGAACUACAAGACAGAACUGGAGAAAUACGAAAACAAGAUACGAAUUAUUGCCCGGAAUACAAUAGCAGGGGUUCCAGAGCUUUCACAGACAAUCCUCACAAUUAUUGAUCAGACACGCGUGCAAAAGCAAAGCAAUAAUGAAUAUGCUGCAGUUGAUAGUCACAAUGGAAAUGAAAACCCGCGUAAUGAAGGCAUCGUCUCGGGCACUGUUUCCGGUCACGUGACGGACAAGUUCGAGGUAAACGGUAGCAAGGUAGGAGGAAUUGACGGCUACUUACAACUAUGUGGCUGGGCUCUACUCUUGUCCUACGCGAAGGUUAAAAUUCGGGUACAGGACCAAGAUAAGAUAAUAUCGGAACAAGAGCAAAGAGUCGUGAAGCAAAAUUUGAAAAUAAAAGAUCUAGAACGAAAGCUCGAAGAGCAGGGCCAAAAGAUAGCAGAAUUAUCGACUACAGACAUAUCAGAUUGGUUUCCAGUUGUUGCCAAGGUGAUGGAUCCCAGAGCCAACAAUGAUUGGCGGUACAUGGCGAUACGUUUGGGCUACAGUUUUGAUGAUGUUCAAAAAUGGGGAGCAUCGUCGCAUCCGGCGAUGGAGGUACUCAACGACUUGUACCAAAGGUACGACACACAGAACGACCUCCAGACAACCCUUGCUCUUCUCGCAUCACUCAGAGAACUUUACAGACACGACGCAAUAGAAAUUAUCGAAAAUGCGCUAGAGUCGGUUGUUGGCCAAGUGAUUCAACAUCAAUUGAAAACAAUUCAGACCCUGCCGAAGGUUUACAUUGCCCACAGCACCGAUGACAAAGACAAAGCUGAAAUGAUAUCGAGACAUAUUGAAAUGGCUGGGGUAAAAUGUUCUCUGAAGAGUUACUAUGGUGAUGAUGAAGACAGGGGCAAUGAGGGGGAGAAUAGUGACAUGUACGCCGCUAAGCUGGUCUUAAUCGUAUGCACACAGAAGAGUCUCCAAAAAGACAUUUUCAGUCAGGCGGUAAAGAUAGCAACCCUUCUCAAUAAGCCAGUCGUUUUUGUGUUGAUAGAAAGCUUUACCUGGUCACAAGAUUCAAACUAUUCCAGCUACGUACGUCUUCCACUAUUCGAAUUUAGUAAUAGUCAGAUGAAGGGUGAUCAAUCUUUAUGGAGGAGCAAAGUGUUCACCGAGCUCCUCGGAGAGGUCAUUUUUUAUGUCUCACCAGAUUUUAAUGAGGCGACCAAAGAUUACCGUGAUUGGAUGAUUGCUUUAAAUGACAUUCCUGUCAGAAACUUAACAGAUUUAUCAAGUUCUUCUUCAGAGAGCAUGCAGUCUGCCACAGACAUCCCGCCUGUGUUGAUAUCAUACCAGUGGAGCAUGCAACAUGAGGCCAAGCAAAUUUAUGCCCGACUCACAAAGGCUGGAUUUUCAUGUUGGCUGGACAUCUUUCACCUGGGAGGCAGUGAGUGCAUUUACAACAAAAUAGAGAAACUAAUUUCGGGUUUCAAGGUGGUUGUAAUGUGUGUGUCACGGAAUUUUCUCAGCUCAAAGGCCUGUAGACAGCUUGGUAACUUGGUCAAAGUUCUUCAAGUACCUAUACUUCCGAUACAAUUAGAAGAUAUCUCCUGGCCUGAAGAAGAUGCACUGGCAACCCUAAUACAAAUGAACAGAUGUAUUGACUUCACUGAGGAAUUUGGAUCCAGCACGAACAUAAAUGAUGACAGAUUUGGCGAAUUACUGACGCGAUUACGAGAAGAAAACUUUCAUAAAGGAGAUCCCUCAAGCCCAGCAGUAAGUAGGAAAGCAAAAACUCUCGCUAGAGUAAACAAGUCGUUCACGUAUGUCCAGAAGACUGUUGAGCGUAAAAGGAUGUCACUGACUGGACAGUCACAGAUUCCAGCAGAAAUGUUGCCAAGACGGAGCCGGUCACACGAACGUUUUGAAAGCGUUCGAAAUACCCCCGAAGCAAAAAGGAAAAGCCCUUAUAUAUCCAGAUAUACUCCUCUGCCGAAUAUUAGCUCUAAUGGAACUACCCCAUUGGAGCGGUUAUCGGUUAAUCACGAAGUGGAUGAGCAUACCCACAGGGACUUAAAUUCUGAAGACAAGGAUAGUUUACUUCUCAAUAUCAAGUUGCCUAACGGGACACGCUUACGUAGAUAUUUCCGGCAAACAGACACGUUGGAGCAACUUCUCUCCUAUACAGAAAGUCAUGCUCAUGCCGGGAUCACGAGGUUGGAAAUAACACUGUGGAAAUCAUAG